AAAUCGUUUCAAUUCAAGAGAACUUCUAGUAUAUUCAGCGAUGUACUUGCAUAAAUUGUAUGUACUUCUGUCGAUUUAUGGUGUAUUUCCGUUGCAGUAAUGGAAAGUUCGGUGCGAUAUGCGUUGAUCCGAUGAUAAUUUGUUGCAUUCGGAAUGAUAAUCGAACCUAAGUUGUACUUUUUUCGUUCUAAACGGUAGUUGGAAGUUCGUAUUCCACGUAUAUUUCGGUAAUCUAUUCGUCUUUAACUUUUCUCGCGAUUCGAAAAUUUUCGUCUUAAUUUACCGCAUCGCGAAUUAAAUGUGUUAUGUUAUUAUAAAAUUGAAUGUGUGAAAACAUAUGAUUUGUGUAAUUUCGUUAAUUUGACGGUGUUUCUGAUCAUUUGGUAGGUUACGUAUACGAUACGUGAUGCCUUCCGCUCACCUGACGCUCAGAGAAGAAGAUAUCAUUCGUCUGGUGUUGGAAUUUUUACAAAAUCGCGGCCUGCAUAUAGCGCAGCUCGGUAUAGAACGCGAAACCGGUGUGAUUAACGGGUACUACUCGGACGACGUUCUUUUUCUGCGGCAAUUAAUUCUAGACGGACAAUGGGACGAUGUAUUGGAAUUCAUACAGCCGAUGGAGGCGUUGCAAGAGUUCGAUAUGAAACGAUUUCGUUUCGUGAUUUUACAACACAAGUACAUAGAGUUAUUAUGUAUAAAAUCGGAAGCGGCCUGCGUGAUGGGCUCGAGUACGGCGAAUUUGGAUAGCGCCGUCGAAGAAGUAGUCAAAGUGCUUCACGAGUUGGAAAAAGUUUCACCGACCAAGGAAGAUUACUCGAAUCUGUGUUUGAUGUUAACCUUGCCAAGACUGUCCGAUCAUUUGAGCUAUAAAGAUUGGAAUCCGAGCAGCGCUCGAGUACAGUGCUUUCGCGAUAUUUAUCCUCUAGUCGAGAAAUACUUGCCACCUAUUAAAAAGGCUAAUGAAAAAGAAUUCGUUAUCGCGAAAAACGAUCGACUCAUACAGUUGGUCAUCAAAGGUAUGCUGUACGAGUCUUGCGUUCGAUUUUGCCAAGCCAAAGCGACCGGCUCGAAAGAGCAACUUUUACAAGAGAUCAACUUUUCACGUUUACUCGACGGUAGCGUAGGUUUCGGCGAUUCCGAUCUCAGUUUGUUAUCGUGGUUGCAAAACAUACCUUCCGAUACGUUCGCCAUACCUUUCGAACAGAAAACUCUCAACAUAGACGUCGAGCAAAUCGAACGACCGUCGUUGGAAACCUCAUGGACUGAGCAUAUGCUGAUUACGCCCAUCAAGCCGAAAACCUUCCCGCAUUCGGCGAUGCCAUUUACUAGACCUAGAUCAGCGGCCGAUAUAAUGUCGCGAUCGUUAUUACCUUCUUUAGAUAUACUACCCAACAGUCAAGAUAAUUCUAGUCACAGCAAAGCCAUGUUAAUGGCUCUAUCAGCCGCCGACCUGAGUUCCAGUCCUAUGGUUAAAUCGUCGUUCGCCAGUUUCCAUCUAUCCGGCUUGAAACCCAGCAAAUCGAUGAAUACAUCCGUCGAUAAACUAUUCGAAAACGAAAACGACGUAUUUCUAAGCGGCACCUUCGACCAGCUGCCGUCCAUUUCCGAAGUACACCAUAGCACACCCAAGAUACCUUUAGCCCCUGCUCGAUCCAACAGUCCGGAUAAGAAAAAUAACGAAUCCGCCUCGUCUACGCCGGAUCACCGAAGUCGUGAGACUUCCAAUUCAACCACAGCUAGAUCUUCUCGUCGCGAUUCCCUUUCAGAGAAACCACCAACGGCUACUACGAUCGUGCUGAGCGAUGCGCAGGCCACCUUAAACAAUGCUCAGAAUUACGACCAAGGUGAUUUAAUGAAGGAGUUCCAAAGGCAAAAACAAAAGCUACACGAUACGUUAAUAGCUCAAGAACAAGAACGACAAGAAUUACUCAGGCAGUUACAAAACACCGAGAAUCGAAUACAAGAAGAUAGUAUGGCUCGCACAAAUACCAAUAAUGCUCACAAUGCGGCGAAAAAUAAUAAUAACGCCGUUGCAUCUGUGCCCCAGGCAACUGUCGUAGUGCGAUCCAAUACACCUUCGUCGGCCGCUGCCAUCAAUCAGACUCCUCAUAAUAAUUAUAAUAACUGCGAUGUCGUACGAAAUGCCACCAAUGUAGCCAAUUCCAAUCAAACUAAGAUUAAUGUCAUGAACGGCCCGAAGCAACUGCCGCAAAUUGUUAAUGGUGCUAAACAUAAUCACCUUGACAACCACUACGAUUCAGUUAAGAAUACUCGUCAAGAUGGCGAUGGUCAAAGCAGUAAUGGUAAUAGACCUCGAUUUUUACCUGUUACCACUUUAGAAGACGUACAGGCUAUUAGAUGCGCCGAAUUCCACCCGCAAGGCAGCCUAUACGCUGUCGGCUCCAAUUCGAAAACUUUACGUAUUUGCGCUUACCCGAAAUUACACGAUUUAAGAGAUGACCAUAAAACUUGCCAGCCAACGGUGCUAUUUAAACGAACAAAACAUCAUAAAGGUUCCAUAUAUUGUAUGGCAUGGACACCUAUUGGAGAUUUAUUGGCCACUGGUAGCAACGAUAAGACUGUCAAAUUGAUGAAAUUCAACAAUGAUACCGCUAAUUUCGAAGGUCAAGAAAUCGAAUUAGCAAUGCACGACGGUACAGUGAGAGAUGUUUGUUUUCUCGAAGAUACUAGCAAUAAAUCGAGUCUAUUAAUUAGCGGUGGCGCUGGCGACUGUAAAAUUUAUGUGACUGAUUGCGCAACUGGCCAGCCAUAUCAAGCACUUAGUGGACAUUCUGGGCAUAUUCUAUCAUUGUAUAAUUGGGGCGGAGUUAUCUUUGCGAGUGGUUCGCAAGACAGAACUGUUCGAUUUUGGGACCUGAGAACUAGAGGAUGCGUUAAUGUGAUUACACCGACUACAGUAACGGCAACAAGGCAAGGGUCACCUGUGGCAGCUGUUUGCGUGGAUCCUUCUGGUCGCCUUCUGGUAAGCGGACACGAAGAUUCUUCGUGUGUUUUAUAUGACAUCAGAGGAACCAGAACUCUGCAGUGUUUCAAACCUCACGCAUCAGAUGUUCGUUCGAUUCGAUUUUCACCCAGCGCGUAUUACUUGCUGACAGCCGGUUACGAUAAUAAAUUAGUUCUUACCGAUUUGCAAGGUGAUUUAACAGCUCCUUUACCGAGUGUCGUUGUGGCCCAACAUCAAGAUAAAGUCAUUUCUGGACGUUGGCAUCCAGCUGAAUUCUCAUUUUUAAGCACAAGCGCUGAUAAAACAUCCACGUUAUGGGCAUUGCCGCCAAUUUGAAUGCAGCAUUUUCAAUAAAAUCAUGUCGUUCUCGAUCUGUAUUCACAUUAACCUGGCUGUGUGCUAAUUUACCACUAAUACCAUUCGAUAAUAAUUUAGUGUUAGCGUAAAUUACUUUUCAAAUUAGGAAAACAGUAAUUUAUUAUAUUUGUUUUUUUCUGUUUUUUUUUUACAUUUUGAAUUUUUAUUAGUUAUGUUUUUAGCUUUAUAUUUUUCUGACUUUGAUUAUGAAGUUUUGUAAUGAUAUUCGUUUGUUUUUUUUUUUUUAAAAAAUCUAUAUAAGUAUGCAGUCUGUCUGAAAAUUUCAUCUUGCCAGAAGAAUUUUAAAAGUUAGCCUUUGCCAAAGAUGGAUAUGUCUUAUAAAUACGCUUAUUCUGAAUCGAAAGCAUUUUAUUUUUCGAUUAUUAAUAACACAUUUUUUCAAAUUAAAGAUUAGUAAUCGAUUGCAUAAUUUUUAUCAACGCUAUUUUCCUAAUUAUUAGAUUUUCUCCUUACUUUCACACGUUGCUUUAUUGUUUAUUGUUUUGUUUUUUUUUUCUCUUCGUUUAUAAUGAUUUAAUGUUUAUUUGUAAAUUCAUUCGAGUAACAUGUUUCUAGGACACGACUUUACCAAAAUCUUAUUUUUUCGAACGAUUUCAUUAACAAGCUUGAAAUUUACAAUAUUGUAUAUUAAUUUAAAGUAAAUUAUUUUUUACAUUUUUAUAGUAACAAGUUAACAAAUACAUUUGUAAUUGUGUUGA